AAAAAAGGGUGUAGACUCUUCCUUCCAAAUUCCAAGUUACAAACUUCUGUGACUAAGGAAUUUCAAUUCAGAAGACCAAACCUCAAAACCUCUUUCUUGGAAAGCUGAAAUCCACAGUUUGCUUUCCGGGUUAUCGGGCUCCGGAUCUGCCACCCAUUUCACCAGCAUCCCUGCCUUUUUCAGGUUCCCCAUAUACACAAGCUUUCCUCCAUACCCCAUAAUCUUAUGUCCCUUCUAAGACCCAUAUAAAGAAUCCUACCUUUUUUCCAAGAAAACAGUCACUGCGCAUUAAGUAACUUGAGAGUAGUAAUAUAUUGAAUUGAUGGCGGGCAAUCAGCAGGAGGGGCUAGGAGUAGGGGAUGAUUUCUUUGAGCAGAUCCUGGCAGUGCCACCCGGGUUCGGAGGAGGUGGUGGUGGUGGAGGAGUUGAGGUGGGCUCUACCAUGCCCAUGGUGUUGCAGUUGGGGUCUGGUGGAGGGAGUGGCGGAAGCGUGGGAGGUGGGUACAGAGGGAUGGGAUUCGGAAUGGGGAUGGGAAUGAUGCCUUUGGGGUUGAAUUUGCAACAUGGGUUCUUGAGACACGAAGAUGGGGUUCUGGAUAGCAGCAACAGCAACCAUAAUGCUUCUUGCUCUGCUACUCCUGCUGUUUCUGGAAUCAGCGAGAGAAAUUCUAUCCAUAUGCCAAGUUUGUUUCCAGCGUUUGGACAAAUUCAAAACCACUCAGUCCGGCCGUCGCCGCCUCCUGCACCACCUGGUCCACCACAACUCCGCCAGACUUUUCAAAGCCAAGCAAUAUCAGGAACAGUGCCUGCUGCACCACAACCGCCUGUAAUCCGCCCAAGGGUGCGGGCAAGGCGAGGGCAAGCCACAGAUCCUCACAGCAUUGCCGAAAGGUUACGUAGAGAAAGAAUCGCGGAACGAAUGAAAGCUUUACAGGAGUUGGUUCCUAGCUGCAACAAGACGGAUAGGGCAGCCAUGCUGGAUGAAAUUGUAGAUUAUGUGAAGUUUCUAAGGCUUCAGGUCAAGGUCUUAAGCAUGAGCAGACUAGGUGCAGCAGGCGCAGUGGCUCAGCUUGUUGCUGAUGUUCCUCUAUCUUCUGUUGAGGGAGACGGCAUUGAAGGUGGAAGCAAUCAACUGGCUUGGGAGAAAUGGUCAAAUGAUGGCACUGAACAGCAAGUGGCUAAGCUGAUGGAAGAAGACGUUGGAGCUGCCAUGCAGUUCCUUCAGUCCAAGGCUCUUUGCAUCAUGCCAAUAUCCCUAGCCUCUGCAAUCUUCCGGACACACCCACCAGAUCCACCUGCAAUAGUCAAACCCGAAUCAAAUACAUCUUCAUGAAGCUGAACAAGAUUACACAUUUGCACAACCCGGACAAUGAAGUCUAUCAUUCUUCAGUCCAUCUUUUAAUCCAUUAAAAUCUCAAUCAAGUAGGUGCAACCAUCAUAUUCUCCAUUCGUCCUGUUUUUGUCCUAAAAAGAAAGUAGCGGGUUUCGUGUCUCAUAAGAAGACUUGGAAGGUGCUUGUCGUUACUCCGUGGUCCAGUUGAGGGAGGAAAUGUUUUCAAAGCUCCAAAGAUGCAUUUUUCUUCAAAUAUCAAUGGUGGGGUUAUAGUAGUGGAUGAACAAAACAAUACCAGUGGUGGGAACUCGCUUUCUUACUUUUCUGGAUGGUGGAAAUGUGGGACCUUGUAAAAGGGGAAUGGAUGGGUAUAGUGUAUUGUAUGAUGUAUUUGCAGAAAAUUUCAAAUGCAAGUUGGUUAGUUUGAUAAUGGACAAUUGUUUUUAUAUAAUAUAAAGUCCUUUUGGAA